GUUUGCAACAAAUUUGAUAUCCGAAAUAGAAUAGAAACCCUAGCGAGAAAAAUUGUUUGCAGAAAAACCAUGGCGGGUGAAGAGGGAGCUGGGAAGAAGAGGAUGGUGACGGAAUCGCUGGGAUGGCUAACGGAAUCGUCGAUAAUGCCGAAGAAGCACCGAGCCAUAGCGGGCGUUGGCGCCUCCUCAAUCGUUGAACUGAAGGCAGAACUUUACAAGUCUCAGGAAGAUUCCAGAAAGUCACGGGAAUUGUCAGGUCCUGAUGUGGAGUAUCAACGCGCCAAGAGCAAAAUCGCUCCCAAAGAUCCCUUAUCCGUCAAAAACCGUGGCGUCGAUGCACGCGCUCACAAGGACAAGCUGGAGUUGAAAGCAGUGCGUGAUGGAACGGCGAGCUAUGCGGCGCUGGAGAGGAAGGCUGAACUGUAUGAGAAGUUGGUGAAGGGAGAGUUGUCUGACGAAGAGGAUCAAGAGAAGUAUUGUGUGGACUUUUUUCGUAAGGGCGUUGAGCAUGAUGAGUUGCCACCGCCACCACCAGCGCUACCGGGCCGCGAUGUGUUGCUAGAAAAAGAUGAUGGUGCUGUUAGGGAUGAUGAUGGUGAUGCUUCCUUGCAGUUUAACUUGAAGCCUGUUGGGCCUGGGCGAACGGUUGGAGCUUUUGACACUGCUGAUUAUAAGCGCAAUAUUAGGGAAGUUCAUGAAGAAGUUAAUCAAGCAAGAGAGAAGGCUUCUGAAAUUAAACUUAGAAGGCAGGAGCAGGUGGCUGCUCAUCGUGAGAAACUUAAACAAGCCUAUCUUCGAAAGAAGGUGGAACAACUCAAAGCCUCAUCUGUUAUAUCUGGAUCUGAAAAUAAACAAACGUGAUGAAUGAUGAAUGCACCAAUAUAACUUACGAAGGCUAAUGUUGGGGAAACAAUGACUUCAUUAUGAAAAAGGCACGAGGAGUUGAAAGCUGACCAAAAUGCUCAUCAUUGUCCAUUAAAGCUAAAGCUGCAGCAUUGGGAAAUUGGACUGCAUGCAAUGGAAAAUGGCCUCAUAAGAUAAAGGAGAAAGAAAAUGAAAUGAAAAGAAACAUAACUUUUUUUUCUGUUGUAAAUGGUGUAAUUGGACCAUAGCAGAUUACAUGGAAUAUACCAUCGCACCUUGUGUAACCUUGAGAACAAACAACCAUAGUAAAUUACAUAUUCUUCACAUUACUUUUGUUCUAAUGCAUCCAUAACUGAGCUAAAAUAUCAGU